CUACGACAUCAUGCAAAAAGCAGUCGCAUUGAAAGCGGCGCUGUGCCAUUCAUGCCGCCAGGAAGUUUUACGAUCUUUUGUUUCUGUUUCCGGAGUUUCAAUACCUCGCUACUCUCGGUUGCCGGGACCAAUUCAUAAUGCCAAUAGAAGAAGAGCAUUCACAUUAGCUCCACGCCUACUAUCCAAAGAAGAGUCUCGGAGUGACUCGGACGAGGUUGCAUUAUCUGUCGAUGGAACUAGUACUCAUGUUGAGAGCGACGUUUCCCAACCGACAGAGCAUAUCCCAUGGUAUUUGCAGGAGGAGACCCUGAGUACUGAACCGCAUCCCCUGUUCUCACGAGACCAAAUACCAGACCUCCCCGCAAAUCCACCUGAAAUCCUUCCUGUUCUAUUGGAAUAUAUUUUCAAGGACCUAGGUCUUGACAAUUUGAAAUUGCUUGACCUCAGGGGCCUCGACAACCCGCCGGCGCUUGGUGCCAAUGUUAUUAUGAUCAUCGGAACGGCUCGCAGCGUGAAGCACCUAAAUGUGUCUGCAGACCGUCUUUGUCGGUGGUUGAGGAGUACCUGGAAACUCAGCCCACACGCGGAUGGAUUGUUGGGCCGGAACGAACUUAAGAUCAAGCUUCGUCGCAAAGCUCGUCGGGCAAGGAUAGCUAGCAAGGCAGGAGCACUAGUCGACGAGAAGGACGAUGGCAUCACCACUGGUUGGAUAUGUGUGAACGCUGGUCUCGUCGAAGAUAAGUCCGUCCAGCAGCAACCUACAGAGAAUUUGUUUGAAGGGUUCGGCAUCACUCCCCGGGGUACUCGAAUAGUAGUCCAAAUAUUCACGGAGGAAAAGAGAGCUGAAGUCGAUCUGGAAGCGCUAUGGGAAGCUGCGUUGGAACGUGCCAAUAAGCGAAUCCAGGCGAAUUCUGAAGUUGAUUCCGAUUCGGCGUUUGAGAAGGUUCGUGGCCCUACUGGGUCAACCCCCGACUCUGAUUUGGGGCAUCCUCCUAAAUCUUCCGUGACGAUAUCGCUUGAGCAGAAAAGAGGGCUUCAUACGACCCGUCGAAUUAGAGCUCUUCACAGUGAAUCUAAUAUCCAUGUUAUGUGGUCUGGCACUGAAUCAAGGUUUUUUGCCGGAGCUUCAUCUAUCCAGGGCCACAUCCUUUCCCAAAAACGAACCAUCACCGUGACUACGUCAAGCCUACUUCAGCUUUUGUCGGAAAUUCCAAAGGAAGAAGCUAGACGCGAGCUUGGAGAAGGUCCAGAUGAUCGCGCUUCCACGCUUUUCUUGCGUCUCUUUCAUGGAGCUGCUACUUCUGCAGAGGAAGCUGCCGCGAGCCAAAUAAGGUUGAUAUGCAUGGGCAUUUCUCUUCAACAUCCAGCGUACGAUAAGGAAAGACUUUACAACGCCUUUGAGGACCACAUUUGCGCGGGCUACCCUCUGCCUGAGGAGCUAGGAUUCCAAGUAUUUUCAACUAUGUUAUCGGAGUAUCCGAUUCUUGACUCCUCUGCCGACUCACCAAGUCGAGUAACAGAUGCAGAUAAAGAACUGGCUUGGCGCAUUAUUGAUCAUCUAAGUUUUCGAGGUGUGAACGUUCUGAACAUGCAAGUGUUCGACGCUCUAUACAAGGCGGCGAAUUCUGCGACAUGCACGGAAUUGUCGCAAAUUUCCGAGCAAAGCCGCCAAGCAUCUUCCCUGAUUUCUAGGGCGAUAGAAGCUCUUAACAUCCCACUUUCUGCACGAAAUACACGCUCGUUCAUGAUACACGCGUUCCAAAACCGGGACUACGACAACUUUUGGAAAAUUUGGCACAGACUUCCUCUGCACAGCAUUAAACGCACCGCCGAGGACUAUGCGAUGCUAUUUCGUUUACACGCCGAACUAGGGGAUCAUCGGCGAGCAAGAGAUUGCAUCACGUGGGUAGAUAUGAUGCAGAGAGAAGAUCCACCAGUGCGUCUAGAAGGUCAGGUUGCGCAACAUGUCGAGUCUUGCCGUCGCCUUGCAUCCGAAGGAUACAUGAGCCUGAGCAACCGGGCCGAGAGCAGAGAUUCAGUGGCGAUGUAGGAGUGUGUUAGUAUAAGAUGCCAUAUCUUGAUCGCAGCUUUAGAAAUACAUAGAUUCGGUUUUAAUAUAUAUCAAGUACGAUUAGGCA